UUUAAAGGUUGGUUCGUUUCCGCCGUUGGGGUUCCAGACGUCGUCUGCCGCUAGGGUUUCUUGCUGUCGGAGUAGGGGGAAGCGGACGGUGUGCUUCAUCCGGGCCUAGUGAUGACCCCUUCUCAGCCGAACACCGGUCUCUUUGUCGGGCUCAACAAAGGGCACAUUGUUACCAAGAGGGAGUUGCCUCCUCGUCCUUGCAGCAGAAAAGGGAAAACUAGCAAGAGGGUUCAUUUCGUAAGGAACUUGAUCAGGGAAGUAGCUGGUUUUGCUCCUUAUGAGAAGAGGAUUACUGAGCUCCUGAAAGUUGGAAAGGAUAAGCGUGCACUGAAAGUUGCGAAAAGAAAGCUGGGCACCCACAAGAGAGCCAAAAAGAAGAGAGAGGAGAUGGCUAAUGUUCUUCGGAAGAUGAGGUCUGCUGGAGUGAGUGAUAAGAAGAAAUAAUGUUAUCCCCUGCAAUCGUUGGAGGAUUAAUUUCAAUGAAGGCUUUAGACUUUUGAUAAUUCAGCAAGUAAUUUUGACCCGCAGAAUCUUUUGGGUGAUUGGGUUUAUGUGGUGUUUGAUUUUUCAGGAAUUUGUCAAAAGUAACAACCUUACAAUAAAUAUUUAAGUCGAAUAAUAUCGAUAUCUUUAUGGUCUCC